AGGCGGCGGGCGAGAGCAGCCUGCCGCGCAAGGCGCAGAGCCUCUCGUGUCUGCUCGACAACGUCGUCAUCCUUGAGGAGUGCAUCAAGGAGCUCGUGGCCAUCAUCCAGGUGCGCCGCGGCGCCGGCAUCGAUGCGCUGCGCCUCACGGCGUGACGCGACGGCGACGACGACUGCAAACGAUAUACCAUUUUACGUCUCGCAAGCGCGGCGCAGCUGUGGCAGGGCGGGGCAUGCGCAAUCAGAGCGCAGGCCUGACACCUGACAUUCUAUUGGCUCAUGUGCAGCGUCUCACUGCGCCCCGCAGCCACGUCGAGCACUGUCGUGGGACAGACGCCGGGCAGCCGGCGUUACCGUCCAGAUGCGGGCGCCGUCGAUCUCGCUCUUGGACGCCGCUGCGGCGCCGCCUUUGUGUUCUGCUGACGCCGAUGUCUUGCGUGGAUGCUGCUCCACCCGGCUGCGGCGGCGGACUGUGGGCCGGGCAGCGAAUGCCGUGAGACCGGCAAAGCGCCACAGCACCAGAGCCACAGCAGCAGCGGCAGACGCGGCGCCGCCGGGGCCAGCCCUGCGCGGCGACGCCGAGACGCAGCCGCAAGAGACCUGCCUAAAGCGGCGCGCCUCCUCCGCACACUCCGCCCGCCAACUCUCCCUCACGCGUCGCGUCCGCUCGUCAGUCGAGCAUGAGCUGCUGCUGCCUGCGAUGUCGUCGAGCGUCGAGGCCAUCGCCCCGCGAGCUCAUCGCCCCGCGAGGUCUGGCCUUGGGCGUGCUUCAUCUGAGAGAGAGAUGAGAGAAGACGCGGCCCAGGGCCUUAUUAAUCUGGCGGCGCCCCUGGGCCAGAAAGGUGCCUGGAGCGGCGCUCGCGGAGAGGGGCAGCUGAGCAGUGCGAUGGUGCGGCACUCUCUCCUCUGCUGCUCUGCUGGGGCUGCGCCGCUCUGGGCUGGCGGCUGGCGCUGUCAUGUGGCUGCGAUGAGGUGCAGCACCAGCGCCGCCGCGCGCAUUCUGAUUCUAUUGGCGCGCGGGCGGUGUGCGUGCGCGCUGAGCGGCUGCCGCGCUGCGUGCUGAGGCUGCCGCCGCCGGUUGCGGCACGCCGCUGCAGCCCCUCGCAGGAGGACAAGGCAAGGCGAGCAGUGUGCCGCUGGCCCUAUGCCUGCACCUGCAGCUGGGCGGAGGAGAAGGUGCCGCGCCGCCGCGGCGCACUGCAUCGGCU